AUGAUUUUCUUUGCGUUCGGCAAUCUGAUUUACAUCUCGGUACUUUUGAUUAAUGCAAUAGCUAUCUUGUCAGAAGAUCGUUUCCUCGCCCGUGUGGGCUGGUCCAACAGUGUAUCAGAACCUGCAUUUGGUGCGACGAGCGGGGGUGACGCCAGUAUAAAGAGCAAGCUAAUCAAUCUCAUGACAAGUGUAAGAACACUAAUGCGAAUACCAUUGAUAAUAACAAACACUGUGAUAAUUAUCUACGAACUUGCGUUGGGGUAA